CGCUCUUGCCGUGCGGAGUGCCGACGCGACGGCAAACCGUCGUCGCGAGGGUCACUCCCUCGGCCUCUCGCCGACCGCCACGUGCCAUCGGAUCCGAUCCGAUCCGGCCAAACCGAACUUUGCUAAAACAAGCAAAAGCUGCGCACUCUCUCGUCACCCCGCGCCCGACCGGUGGACCCGCCCCCACAUCCCCGGACCCCCGCCGGCGCCGCCCGCGAUGCUCCGCGCCGCCAUCUCGCGCCUCGGCGCCCGCCUGCACCGCCAGCCCUCCCCGGCGACCCCUCCCCUCCGCGCCCUCUCCACCGGCCGGGGCAAGCGCUCGUCCCCCACCGCGCCGCCCCCCGAGCCCGAGGACGAGGGCCUCAUGCGCGGCCUCUUCGUGCUCUCCCGCGACCCCGCGCACCCGCCGCGCCUGCUCGUGGUGCAGCCGCGCCUCCGCCGUGGCGCCCUCCUCGACUCCAAGCUCUCCGAGGCGCUCAACCUCGCCAGUUCCCUCGAGGAGUCCCGCGACGGCUUCGAGCACGCCGAGUCCGCCGCCAAGGGCGCGCCGCCGCACCUCGUCGUCCAGAACCCCGCCUCCCGCGGCCGCAACCAUGCCGAUACGUAUUUUGGACCUGGAACUGUGGAUAAUAUCAAGUGUUACCUGAGGGCAUUGGACGAAAAGGAAGAAUUAGAUGCAGUUUUUGUUAAUACGCUCCUCUCUGGGGUCCAACAGAGGAACUUGGAGGUUGCCUGGGGAAAACCAGUUUUAGAUCGUGUGGGCCUUAUAAUUGAGAUAUUCAAUGCUCAUGCUGAAACAAAGGAAGCAAAGCUACAGUCAGAAUUAGCAGCUCUCAUGUACAUGAAGACUAGGCUUGUCCGUGUCCGCGGCCCAGGUGGAAAACUAGCUUUUGGUGCAAGUGGGGAAGCUGAAGUUGUCAGUGCUCGAGGGAGAGGAAGUGGCGGACGGGGUUUCAUGAGUGGAGCUGGUGAAACGGAACUUCAACUACAACGCAGGAGAAUCCAAGAACGUCGUCUAAGCUUGUUAGCUCAAAUUGAAGACGUACGCCGAACUAGGGCGAUACAGCGUUCGAGUCGAAAGAGGCAUGGUGGCUCAUUUGGUCAAGACCUUGUAACUGUGGCAGUCGUCGGAUAUACAAAUGCUGGAAAAUCUACUCUAGUGAGUGCACUUUCUGGAGCUGGUCUAUACAGUGAUGAUAGAUUAUUUGCAACAGUAGAUCCUCGAUUACGCAGUGUGAUUCUUCCAUCAGGGAGAAAAAUACUUCUCAGUGAUACCGUUGGCUUCAUAUCAGAUUUGCCUGUACAGCUAGUGGAAGCAUUUCAUGCCACCCUGGAAGAAGUUGCUGAGGCAGACAUGUUAGUGCAUGUGUUGGAUUCUAGCGCACCUAAUCUAGAGGAGCAUCGUUCUACUGUUCUACAAGUACUGCAGCAAAUUGGUGUUUCACAGGAUAAGAUCAACAAUAUGAUCGAAGUUUGGAAUAAGAUUGAUCUUGUGGAUAAUAUUGCUCUGACUGAUGGGAUUGAAGACGAGAUCUUUCUCACUGAAGGUGAAGAGGAGGAAGACUUGUUCUCUGAAGAUGAUGUGUCGUCAGAGCAGUCAUCUUUUGAUUCCUUGGAUGAUACAGUAGAUUCAGAGUCUCUAUCAGAAAAAAGUUGUGAAAAUGAUGAUGAUAAAAUGGCAUCUGAAGAAUCAAUUGCUGAGCCUAUCGAGAUGAAAGCAAUGAACUCUGAACUGUUACCGGAAGAUUGUUUUAGAGAGUCUAAUGGCCCGGAAGCUAUAAGUGCAAGUGGUUGCACUUUGACAGAGCCAGUAUCCACUUGUCACGUGAAAACUUCAGCUGUGGCUGGGACGGGAUUGCAAGAGUUGCUGCAGUUAAUUGAUACGAAACUGAAUGGACAGCAAACGGUUGUGCAGAGAAGCUAUGGACCUUUUGAUAGAAAAUGGAGACCUAGUUCUAUGGAUGACGAGAAGGCUGCAGAACAGUAGCCUGUGCUAGAGGCUGGAGCAGUGAACAUCCUCGUGCUUUCUUACUGUAGGACUGACGAGAUUGAAGUAGUACACUUGGCUGUCCGUAUCACAGGAAGAAGUCAAUAUAGCUACACAGGUACUACAGUGUACCUUCGAUAGAAGACCGCUGUCUUAUCGUUCAUGGUCCAACGAGCAACAUAUCCUGUAAGAUUUUGCCUAUGAAUCCAGUCUACUGUCUGUUACACAGCAGACAGCAGAGUAGAAAGGUGAGGAACGUUGAAGAUGGAGAAGUUAUGGUCCUGUAACAUCACUGCCUGCUGCUUGACAAUACUAGUAGCGCAUCAUAUUCACUGUUCUCCUUUGAUUCAAAGGAUUUUUAUAGGAAUUUUUUCUAUUAUCUUUGUUGUUUGAUUCAUAGGGCUGAGAUUUUUUUUUCCUUAGAAUCCUUUUGUACUGCAUUUCAUAGGAACUUUAAGGCCACUUUGAUUCAUAGGAUUGCAAAAGCACAGGAAUAGGAAAAACAUAAUAAGAUUGAAAUGGCAUGUCCAUUGGAUUCCUA